AGAUCUGCUGGGUUCCACCGAACCCAGUUGCUGGGUUCCACCGAACCUAGUUGCUGGGUUCCACCGAACCCAGCACAGAAGAAGAAGAGGAAGAAAGAAGAGGAAGAAGAGAAAGAAAGAAGAGGAAGAAAGAAAAAGAAAAAAAAGAAAGGAAGAAGAUGAUCGAAAGAGGGGAAGAAGAUGGUUCAAGAAAGGGAGAUGGCGAGAAAUGGAAGCUCACUCAGGCUGAACAUUCCUGGUGCUCUGUCACUUCAUACAAGCCUGAAGUAUUCUUGAAGGAAGAUGGAUUCAAGGAGGUUCUUGCGCAGUUCCCGCUGGUGGAACAGGUUCAACCGAGACAAAGGUUUUUUGCUCUUAAAUAUGCAGCAGAUGCUGCUUGCACUAUUAUAAUGGCAAAACCAGCCGGUGGUCCGAAAGAGAAAGCAACCUGCAGGAAUGGAUGAGGACUAGCCUCUGCACUGAAGUCGAUCAAUUGUCUUCAUUGUAUCUCACUGAGCUGGUUCUGAACUUCUUUAUGCAUCUCUUGUUUUCUUUUGGAUGCCUAAGAACUUGGCUUGGAAAAUUUUGUUUUUUAUUUUAAAAGAUAGUUUUCGUAUAUUUAACUAUCUGAAAUUUUCCAUCUAGAGAAAAAGAAAAGCCAUCUGAAAUU